CUCCUCUCGGCCCGGGCGACCCGCCGCGGGGAGACUGCACCCCGGAGGGACCCCGCCCACGCUGCCCGCCCCCCUCCGCAGCGGGCGGGUGGAGAGGCGACCGCAGGGGCAGGGGCAGGGGCCGGCGGGCCAGCAGGUCCGACUCCCGCAGCACGGGGUCCGGUGACCGCCAGCUCCAGCCUCCGUUUCCCCAGAGACAGGACUCCGGGCAGGAAACGUUGGCCGCGCCGUAGGUCUGCCUGGGCUGAUGAAAGCAGAUUCCCCGUCCAGACCCAGUCACCAGGUGUGCCGGCGGCCGUCCCAGUCCAGGAGCUGAUGCUGAGCACAUCCCCUCUUGCUCCUCCACCAGCGACCAGGAGCGGAGCUCUGGGAUGUGCAUGUGACGAUGGACAGCAAGGACCUAGAAGCCGAAAUCCACCCCCUGAGGAACGAAGACAAGAGGCUGCCCGAGACCCCGGGAAACCCGGGCCACGCAGACGAGAAGCUGAAAAGCUCGCCCCGGCAGCCCCGCCUCUCCCGGUGCCGCACCGUUGUGUUUUUUCUUUCACUGUUUGUCUGCCUGUUCGUAGUGUUCGUGGUUUCGUUCAUCAUCCCGUGCCCGGAACGGCCCGUGUCGCAGGGGAUGUGGCGGAUAGACUACAGCGCGGCAGUCACCUAUGACUUCCUGGCUACAGAAGACAUCAACAGGGACAGGAUCCAGGAUGUUCUCUUUCUUUAUAAAAAUGCCAACGGCAGCAACAACUUCAACCUAUCCUGCACCGACGAAGGCUUUUCCUCUCCCUGCACCUUUGUGGCUGCCGUGUCGGGGGCCAGUGGCAGCGUGCUCUGGGAGAGGCCUGCGGCCCAGGAUGGCGCCCUCGUGCGGUGCUCCGUCCCACAGACGCAGGGCAGCAGGAUGUCCUCCGCCUGCAUCCUCGUGGGCAGACCCAGCUCCUUCGUUGCUGUGGACUUGUUCACAGGGGAGACCCUGUGGAGCCAGCCCCCUGGCUUUGACAGGAACACCUCCGACCUGAGCUCGUUACUCCAACUGCCCGAUGUCGAUGCCGACGGGGCCCCAGACCUGCUGCUUCUCGCCCAGGAGGACAAGGAGGUCAGCAGUUACCUCUACUCCGGCAGCACUGGACGCCAGAUCGGCCACCGCGGCAGCCUUGGCGUGGGCGGGACCGCUGGCUCCCUCCUGCACGUCACCAGGGCAGGCGCUCACUACAUCCUCUUCCCUUGCCCAAGCUCCCUGUGCGGCUGCUCUGUGAAGGGCCUGCAUGAGGCGGCGACCGGGGGAGCGAGCCCCCUGCGCAGAGACCUGCUGUGGGAGCGCAUGCUCAACACCACCCCCCAUGGGCCGCUUGGGCGCAGCCCGGGAGCUCUCCGCCACCUGACGCACGUGCCAGGGAAGGCAGGCGAGGACCUCCUCCUCGUGACUUCGGAGGCCUGUGUGCUGCUUGACGGCCAGGACCUGACACCCCGGUGGACCUUCCGCACUGCCCAGGUCUUCAGAAAACCCAUCCUUGGCCACUACAAACCUGACACCCCUGCCGUGGUCAUCGAAAACGGAACCGGCACCAACAGACAGAUCCUGCUCCUGGACCUGGGCAGCGGGGCCAUCCUGUGGAACCAGGCCCUCCCGGGCCUCCCUGGGGACCCACAGUCCGCCAGCCUGCCAACCGCAGACCACCGCUCGGCCUUCUUCUUCUGGGGCCUCCACGAGCUCUCCGAGCUCUCCGGCACCAACCAGACGAGGCCCCAGGACGCGCAGCACAGCCUAUACAUGUUCCACCCCACGCUGCCGGGCGUCCUGCUGGAGCUGGCCAACAUCUCCGCCAACAUUGUCUCCUUCCAAGCGGUCCUGUUUGAGCCGAGCCGCCACGCUGCCUGCGUCCUCCUGAUGGGCCCGGCUGGCCCUGACACGCCUGGCACAGUCUCCGUGGCUAAGCACAAGGUGCAGGACCUUGUCCCGGGCAGUAGGGUGGUUCGCCUGGCGGAAGGCGGGCCUGACACUGACCAAGCUGUCCGGGACCGGUUCUCCCGCCUGCGGUACCGGAGUGAGGCAUAGACGCAUGGUGGCCAGCGCAUGCGGGACACACUCCAGCUGCUGCCAUUAAACCCCACAAGAAGUCCGUCCUUCCCUGGGUGUGCACUCCAAUCCCCGUACUCCUGGCCCAGGAUCCUCGUCCUACCCAGGGGUGCCCGGGCCGCUCCCAUCACCUGUGCAGCCACAUGCCCCCCAGUCCUCACCCUGCCCCCCUGGGGUCACACUCAAAGCCGCUGCCCUCAUCGUGUCUCCUUGGGUAGAGCGGGGCCCCACAGCACCACCCCCACUCGUCCACACCGGGUCCCUGUCUGCAGAUCCCCCUGGGGCCUGGGAGGGUGGCUGGCCCUGGGUGGCCUCGGGGCACCAGCUGGGCCCUUGAGGCAGUUCCUGGUCCCAACCUUUCCUGGAGCAAGUAGGGGAGGACUCAGGCCUGGUUGGUGGAGACAGGCCCCCGAGGGACGGGGCUGCGAGGCGCCCCCAGGGGUGCUUCCAUCCUUGUGUCAGCUGCACGUGCUGCGAACGUCCCGAGAAACUGGCCGCCGGGAGCACGUGGGGGUCGGUCUACCCCUCAGUACACACUGGAGCUGCUUAUCCCUCAGGGGUCCCCAUACCCCCAGCAGGUGCCUGGCCGCCUCCUGGUGCUUGGACGCCCCCUGCGGUCGGUACCGCUGACACAGGACUCACCUUCGUGCCUUGCCAUGCCCCAGGCCCGCCGUGGCGCUGUGGGGCUCUCGGUGCCCCGAUGACCCGGGCACCGCGGGAGACAGCGGAAUAAAUGGUUUGCACUGUCUGAGA